AUGGCGAAGAAGACGGUUCUCGUGACAGGCUGCAGUGCCGGCGGCAUCGGCGCUGCCAUGACCAAGGCUGUCAGCGACCAAGGAUACUACGUCUUUGCAACCCUCCGCAACACCUCCAAAGCCGGAUCGCUGGCGCAGCUGGCCAAUGUCGAAAUCUUGGAGCUCGAAGUGACAUCUCACGAAUCCAUUGGGCAGUGUGUGCUCGAAGUUCAGAAGAGCACUGGCGGCACUCUUGACGUCCUUGUAAACAAUGCCGUAGCCGACUUCGUCAUUCCUUUGCUCGAUGUCUCGAUUGAGGAAGCCAAGAGGCUGUACGACGUCAAUGUCUGGAGCGUCUUGGCCACCACACAAGCCUUUGCGCCGCUGCUCAUCAAAGCCAGAGGAGCCGUCUGCAACAUCAGCUCUGUUGCAGCAACAAUGCCGCUUGCCUGGGGCGGAGUCUACAGCAGCUCCAAAGUUGCCGCCAAGCAGAUCUCGGAGACGCUGAGAGUCAAGAUGCAGCCUCUUGGUGUGCGUGUCAUCACUGCCAUGGUGGGAGCCGCUCACACGCCCAUCCACGACAAGGCAGGCGAAUUGGUGUUGCCUGCAGGGUCCUACUACCAGAGCGUCAGACAGACCAUCAACGAUCAGAGGCAGGGACUGAAGAAGCCUGGCGGUCAGGAGGUCGACGUCACGGCCAAGAACCCCGUUGAUGAUAUCGUCGCAGGACGUGCAGGGCUCGUGUGGCGCGGAGGCACUGCCACCCUCGUACAUUACCUAGGUUGGAUGUUGCCCUCGAGCCUCUUCGAGCGUGUAGUCAACGAUGGAAGAGGAUUGAAGGAAGUCCACUCAGGAGAGAAGUAG